AUGGGGAUCCAGGAUAAGAUCAACGAGAUAGAAAGUGAAAUGGCAAGGACACAAAAGAACAAGAAGACUGAGCAUCAUCUUGGGAUUCUGAAGGCCAGGCUUGCAAAGUAUAGACAGGAGCUUGAUGCACCAAAAAUGAAGCAGAGUAGAGGCGAUGACUUUGAAGUGUGUAAAAGCGGAGAUGCCAGAGUUGCACUGAUAGGAUUUCCAAGUGUUGGGAAGUCAACAUUACUGUCAAGAAUCACAAGCACACACAGUAAAGCAGCAGAACAUGAGUUUACGACUCUAAGCUGUAUUUCUGGCAAGAUGCGAUUGAAUGAUACAUGGAUCCAGGUGCUUGAUCUUCCUGGGAUUAUUUCUGGUGCUUCUCAGAACAAAGGUCGAGGAAAGCAGGUAAUUGGUGUUGCAAGAACGGCAGAUAUGAUACUAAUGAUGCUUGAUCCAAGACGAAGCGAUGACAAGAAGGUUCUUGAGCAUGAGCUUUACGAAAUGGGAAUCAGGCUCAACAAAAAAAGACCUGAUAUAUCGAUUACGCCUACAUCGAGCAGUGGAAUAAGUAUUGGAAUAACAUGUGAAUUGACAAGAACAACAGAGGAUGUAAUAAAGGGUAUUUUACGAGAGUACAAGAUCAAUAACUGCCAGAUGCUGAUAAAGGAAGAUGUAUCUGAAGACGAUGUUAUUGAUGUAUUGAGUGGGUCUGUUGUGUAUAUAGAUUGCCUGUAUGUUUACAACAAGAUAGACGAGCUUUCAUUGACUGAUUUCAAUAAGAUCGCAGGUCAGCCAAAUAGCACGGUGAUUAGCUGCCGCAAGGAUUGGAAUAUUGACGGCCUUAUGGAGGAUAUUUGGAGCAAGUUGGAUUUGCUGAGGGUAUACACUAAGAAGAAGGGGAUGUUUCCGUCGAUGGAUGAUCCCGUGGUUAUCAAGAGAGGAAGAACGAUUAAGGAUCUUUGCAUACACAUACACAAAGACUUCUUACAGGGAUUCAAGCAUGCUCUUGUGUGGGGAAUAAGUGCAAAGCACAUUCCACAAAGGGUCGGACUAGGGCAUUUACUGGAGGAUGAAGAUGUUAUUCAAAUAUUUUUGAAAUAA